GCAGUUAAACAAAAACUAAUCACUCUUUCGAUCGCUGUACGUUUAAAAGUUUUGAUUGAUCCAAAAAUUUGAUAGUCAACAAUCAAGGUCUUGCUUAUGUUGUGAUGUUCUGAGAGCAGGACUCAUUAUACGUUCGCUAUUUUCAUCCCUGAUCUCAUAGCCGCACUUUGGCUUUGAAGGUCACCAAGGAGCUUCGACAAUGGAUCACAAAUAUUUGACAAUCCUACUGAUCGUGAUGUCUUUAGUGGCACUGAACUAUACAGGACUCACACACGACAUUCAAGACGGGGAAAUAUUCGAGGGGGACAUUUUAUGGGACGACAAUCUCCAUCCGUUCUGGGAUAGAAUACAGAAACGAAGCGUAAACUCUUCAGGAAAUAAUCCGGGAAAUAACGUCUCAACUGUGGGGAAUAAUAGUAAUACCCAGAAUUCUGGAAAUGGUGUCCUGAAUCAGGACAAUAGCACAAAUCAGACUGGCAACAAUCCUCCGAACACUAACAGCGUCUGGAGCUACAAGACCUCUGAUAACGAGGGUUCCUUGACUUACACCAUUCCCUACGAAGUCUCUGCUAUGACGGACCCGCAGGCAGUGGUGUUUAUCAAAGUGGCGAUGAAGGAAUGGAACAAGGGAACUUGUGCGUUGUUUGUUCCUAAGACUACGGAAACUAACUUCGUCAGUUUGAGACCUGGCAACUCGUGUUCAUCUCACGUGGGUAUGGUGGGAGGUCAGCAGUUCGUGACAAUCAGUCCUGGGUGCCAGUACGACCACGGAGCUCUCAUGCACGAGCUUGGUCAUGUCCUAGGCUUGUUCCACGAACACACCAGACAGGACAGAGACCAGUAUGUGCAGAUCAUCCAAGGUAACCUUCUUCCUGGAGCUUUUGGUAUCAACUUCAAGAAGAUGACGCACAGCCCUUCAUAUGUUAGGAAUGACAACUACGAUUACGUCAGCGUAAUGCACUACGGAAAGAGUCACUUCGAAAGCAUUAACAGGUCAUUCUCAGCGUAA